UUGGUGUCGGCAGGUUCUUCGCGGGCCCAGCAAUCGGCACCCGCCACUGGUGAAGUACGCCGCAUGCGUUGGACAACCCAGAUGAACAGCAACGCAUUGCGGGCGUACUAUAGGGCGAAAGGGGAAGAAACUGGAGGUUUUGCGUAUCGGGCACGGAUGCAUCGACUUUUUGCUGAGCUGGAGCCAUCUGUGACCGUCGCUGAGCAAAACCUGGCAAACCGAGUUCGGUAUAUCUUGCGCUUAAAUACAUUUGAUGUCACCGAACUCGAACGACUACGACGUGAGGCUGUUCCUUCAUCGGAUGAAAAUGCUGCGGCUGAAGAUGCGGCGCCACAACUUGCUGAGCAAACGGCAAACGUGGAUGCCGCCGUGAAUACGCCAGUUGUGGUUGAUUCAAACGACGACGGAACAGUCGCCCGAACUGGAACUAGAACAAAUGAGGAGUACAUUGGAAGAGGCGAUUGUGGAAACGCGUAG